GGAGCAGACUGGAGUCAAGGGCAGGCUAACAAGUGUCACCUUAGGGGUUAAAGGACCCGACAGACAGAGACUUCAAGAGAGCACUUGAAGUGACAUGUGCACUGGACGCACUGGACAAGCACACUAUAGCAUGCAGCUAACAUGCUCACUGCUUUUCCUGGGAAUAUUUUUCAUUCAUACCAUCUGCUGUCAUGGUCAAGUUGACCCACUUGCCCUGGGUCGUGCAGACCCACAGUGCUGGGAGACAUCAACAGCUAUCUUACUGGAGAUGAAAAAGCCCCGGAUAGCUGAUUCUGUGGCUGGAUUCUGGGACUUCAUGAUAUAUCUAAAAUCAUCUGACAAUUUUAAACAUGGUGUUCUGUUUUGGGACCUAGCACAACUAUUCUGGGAUAUCUAUGUGGACUGUGUACUCUCCAGAACGCACGGGUUGGGCAGAAGACAGUUAAAUGAAGAAGGGAAGAAAAUAACUAAUUUUGUGUCACAGUUCACAUCAAAAACAAUUUCUCACCAUCGAAGAUCUGGUUUACCGAAUCAAAAAGAACUCAUUCAACAGUUAAUAGGUGUCCAAAUAGACAAAAGGGAAUCCAGACUACUCAGCAGUAUCAGGCGAGGAAUCAAAAGGAAAUAGCUUAAAAUUGAAGCGAA